AUGGGUUUCUAUGACGUUGCUCCCAAACCGGCAAGUGCCCUUGGUUACCAUCGUAUCCUUGCCCCCUCUGCCGGUGUCAAGGUCUCUCCGUUGUGUCUUGGGGCGAUGAACUUUGGGACCAAUUGGGAGAGCUUUAUGGGCAAGUGCUCGAAAGAGGAUUCUUUUGCUGUCCUCGAUGCUUUCUACAAAUACGGGGGGAAUUUCAUCGAUACUGCCAACUGCUACCAGGAUGAGCAGUCUGAAGAAUGGCUCGGUGAAUGGAUGAAGGCUCGUGGGAAUCGAGAUCAGAUGGUUAUCGCGACGAAGUACACCACUGGCUACCGGGGCCACCACGCUGAUCAUGAGCCCAUCCAAUCCAAUUUCGUUGGAAAUUCGAUGAAAUCAAUGCAUGUUUCAGUCAACGCAAGCUUGAAAAAACUACAGACCGAUUACAUCGAUGUGCUUUAUCUGCAUUGGUGGGAUUUGACCACUGGGGUUGAGGAGGUGAUGCAUGGGCUCAAUGCUUUGAUCAAUGCGGGCAAGGUGCUUUACCUGGGAGUAUCUGAUACUCCCGCCUGGGUCGUUGUAAAGGCCAACGACUAUGCCCGCGCACAUGGCCUUCGUCCUUUCUCUGUCUACCAAGGCAAGUGGAACGCGUCAUUCAGAGACAUGGAAAGAGAGAUAGUUCCCAUGUGUCGGGACCAAGGGAUGGGUAUUGCUCCAUGGGCACCUCUCGGACAGGGAAAGUUCAAGUCAGCCGAAGAUCGAGCAGCUGCUCAUACUGGAUCAGCAAGAGCGGCAGAGUCGUCAGAGAGUGAACUCAAGGUAUCUGAGGUUCUAGAGGCUGUAGCGGCGCGCAAAAAUACCAGCCUACACGCGGUGGCCCUAGCGUAUAUCCUUCACAAGGCACCCUAUGUCUAUCCGAUAGUCGGGCAGCGGAAGAUUGAGCACCUCAAGGCGAAUAUUGAGGCCCUCAGCAUUCAAUUAUCCAAACAGGAUAUGGAUGAAAUCGACACUGCUGUGCCUUUUGAUGCAGGAUUCCCCAACACUUUCAUUUUUAGGGGCAAAUAUGAUUCGAACAAAACCGCGUCAGACGUCAUGUUGACAACUCUGUCUGCUCAUAUUGACUCACCGCCGAACCAGGAACCGGUCAAGGCCCGAAAAGAGUUAUAA